AUGUCUGAUUGUGCUCCUUCAAGCUUUCCUCAGGACCUUCUCACUGAUAUACUAGUACAACUCCCUGUUAAAUCAAUAGGUCGAUUUAGGGGUGUUUCAAAGUCGUGGCGAACUUUGCUCUCCAGUCCUAAGUUCAUCAAGGACCAUCUCGCUUUUCACAACCUUUUUGACCCUGAAAAACUCAUCUUCAAAGAAGCAUUUUAUUGCCCUCUCGUCUUAACUUUUACUACUGAUGGAAGUAGUAAUGAUGGGAUUUCAAGAAAGGUCGUUUGUCCCAUCUUAGAUCAGACUAUGUGGGCUAAAAUAGAAGGUUCGUGUCACGGUUUGGUUUUACUAAUCAAUUCAGGAUGGAGUAUGAUUUUGAUGAAUCCCAUUACUUUACAGUGUGCGAAAAUACCAAAUUUUGGUUUGUCUUUCGACCCUAUUGUAGUUGCUAUGUAUGGUUUAGGGUAUGAUGAGAGUACUGAUGAUUACAAAAUCGUCUCGCUUUCGUACUAUGAUAAUGGUGAUGAGCACAAAACGGUCUCACAUUCUUACUAUGAUUUCGAUUAUGAGCAUGAUGAUGAAGAUUCUGAUGAAACAUUUGUGGACAUUUAUAGUGUAAAAAUGCAAACUUGGAAGAGAUUGGCGAAUUCUCCCUAUAAUCAUACCAUCCCUCAUGUUGCGCACGGAAUAUUUGUAAAUGGUUGUUUACAUUGGUUAGCUUGUGAUACUAAAACUCAAGGAUGUCCUUCAGUUAUAGCUGCUUUUAACUUGGCUCUAGAGAAAUUUGAGAAAGUUCCACCUCCUAGAGAUGUCGAGGAAAGUAAAUUUCUGUUUAACCAACUUACUGUUCUUGGGGGAUGUCUUGCAUUGAUUGUUGUUAAUACACAUGAAUCUGUUUUUGAUGUUUGGGUGAUGAAAGAGUAUGGUAUGCAAGAAUCUUGGAGUAAGUUUACUAUCAACUAUCCUGAAGACAGAAAUCCAUACUGGUUUAAGGUUGCCUGUCUUUUAAGGGAUGAUGAGAUUGUUUGGGUAAGGGAUUAUGAGAAAUUGGUAGUGUAUAGUCUGUCAACUGGAGGUUGGAGAGAUAUGGAAGUUGUCGAUGUGACCGGUGUGUUUGGAGAUGGAAUCAUGACUUUUAAAGAGAGUCUUUUGUCUCCAAACCAGAUUGGAGAACUGAUGCAAAAUCCUCAUUGA